GUUCAUACAAUACUACUGAGACAUCUACAGCUUAGCAGACAGAUACGGUGAACCGCCUAUCCCGGCUCCUGUAAGUGAUGCUGCACUGAGGCACACUUUGAUCCAACUCCACUGGGGGGGCGAUGCGCUCUCUGCAUCCCUCCAUUAAGAGUUUUUUUAUUUUAUUUUUUAUUUUUGGAGGGGAGCGUGCACAACCUUGAAUCAGUCUAAACAAGUGUUUUUUUUAAAAAUAAAUUAGCGUUACGCUCUCAGUUUUUUCAUCAGAAGUCUAUUUUCUUGCGCUCUUGGAUUGAAGUUUUACGCGCGGGUCGAGAAGCGUUUAACGCACACGUGUAAGUUCUGGUGCCAGCGAUUUUCAGCUGGCAAAAUAAAGUAGGAAUUUCCAGGCAAAACGUAGGCUAGAGAUGCAAAGUUUGUGAGAAAGAAAAACAAGCUUGGAUCAAUGCGUAUCUCCGCCCGUGGGAUUGCGAGCUCCAAGACAUCCGAAGAGGAAUUACAGCGUCUCCUUUUCAAAGUUGAUCGCUGUGUGUGAUUUUUUCUCUCUCUCUUGCACAUGAGGACCACAAUUUUUUAGCGCAUGGAUAAGUUUUUGUAGUGGAUAACAUUUUUUUUCUCUGCUUGCAUUGCGUUUUGCUGCUUCUGAUGAGGAUCCUUUCUCCCCCCCUUUCCCCCUACUUCAGUUUAAUCCAUGGCACUUCUUUUUUGUAAAUCAGUGAUGUCUCUACGCGACGGUACUCGAGGUUGAUUUUUCACCCUGUUCGAGCUGAAAGAAUUGCUGCUGUAAAAGUGAAGCUCCCAUCCACCCUUGAGUAUGGACUUAGCAAGUCAGGCUCACGUGCUGGUGGUCUUGCUCACCUGUGUGGCCUCGCUAUGCUGGGCCCAGGAGAGGGACUACACGGUGAAGGAGGAGCAGCCGGAGAACGUCCGCAUCGGUAACCUGCGGAAGGACCUGGAUCUGAACCUGGACCCAAACAUCAGGCUAUCCUCGCCGCUGCAGUUCAAGCCUGUGUACAAGACAGGCGAUGUGCCUUUGGUGAGAGUGGAGGCCAACACGGGGGAGAUCUUUACCACCAAUCACAGGAUCGACCGGGAGAAGCUGUGCUCGGGGGUCUUCGCAGAGAAACGCUGCUACUAUGAGAUUGAGGUGGCCGUGCUGCCUGACGAGAUCUUCCGUUUGGUCAAGAUCCGCUUCCUGAUCGAGGAUGUGAAUGACAACGCACCCCUUUUCCAGUCCACUGUAAUAAACAUCUCCAUCCCAGAGAACACAGCAAUCAACACCCGAUACCCGGUGCCCUCAGCAUUUGACCCUGAUGUAGGGAUCAAUGGGAUCCAACAUUAUGAACUGGUCAAGAGUGUGAGCGAGUUUGGCCUAGACAUCAUUGAGACUCCUGAAGGUGACAAGUGGCCACAGCUUAUUGUUCAGCAGAACCUGGAUCGUGAGCAGAAGGACACCUUCGUCAUGAAGAUAAAGGUGGAAGAUGGUGGCAACCCUCCCAAGUCCAGCACUGCCAUUCUCCAAGUCACCAUCUCUGAUGUCAAUGACAAUCGCCCCAUCUUCAAGGACAGCGAGCUGGAGGUCACAGUGCCAGAGAAUGCCCCCAUGGGGACAUCAGUUGCUCAGCUUCAUGCCACGGACGCAGACCUGGGUUCCAAUGCCCAGAUCCACUUUGCCUUCAGCAACCAGAUCUCUGCCUCGACCAAACGUCACUUUGCCAUCGACAGCUCUACGGGACUGAUCACUGUGAAGCAGCCACUGGACAGGGAGGUAACUCCCGUUCAUAAACUCAUCGUCCUGGCCAGUGAUGGCAGCUCCACCCCCUCCAGAGCCACAGUGAUUGUUAAUGUUACAGACGUUAAUGACAAUGUUCCCUCCAUAGACACUCGCUACAUUAUCAACCUGGUUAAUGGGACUGUUCUGCUGUCUGAGAAUGCACCUCUCAACACCAAAAUAGCCCUAAUUACUGUUACUGACAAGGAUGCAGAUCUUUAUGGCAAAGUCGCUUGCUACACUGACCAUGAUGUUCCCUUCCGGUUGAAGCCUGUCUUUAAUGAUCAGUUCUUACUAGAGACAGCUGCCCCCUUAGAUUAUGAGACGACCCGAGAAUAUGCAAUUAAGAUAGUGGCCUCGGAUAGAGGGACGCCUCCUUUGAACACUUCAGCUAUGGUUUUAAUUAAAAUCAAGGAUGAGAAUGACAAUGCACCCAUCUUCCCCCAGCCGGAAAUCCAACUAUCCAUACCGGAGAACAAUGACCCCUCUACACAGUUAAUAAAAAUCAGUGCCACUGACGCAGACAGCGGACAUAAUGCUGAGAUUAUUUAUACUCUUGGCCCUGACGCACCUGAUGGGUUUAACAUAGACAGACGGUCAGGAAUCCUCUCUGUUGGCAAACGACUGGACAGAGAGAAGCAGGAGAGGUACUCAUUCACUGUCAUAGCGAGGGACAAUGGCUCCACAUCCCUACAGAGCAAUGUCACUGUCAGGCUAAUCGUCCAGGACCUUAAUGACAACAGCCCAGCUUUCACGCACCCCGAGUACAACUUCUAUGUGCCUGAGAACCUGCCUCUCUAUGGAACUGUGGGCUUAAUCACAGUGACGGACGCAGAUGCGGGAGAUAAUGCUGUUAUAACCCUGUCCAUUUUGAACGGGAAAGAUAAUUUCAUCAUCGACCCCCAAACCGGUGUGAUCAAACCCAAUAUCACCUUCGACAGGGAGCAGCAAAGCUCCUACACAUUUAUGGUCAAGGCAGUUGAUGGAGGGCAACCUCCAAGCUCCUCCUAUGCCAAGGUCACUAUCAAUGUAGUCGACGUAAAUGACAAUCGCCCUGUGUUCGUCAUUCCAUCCUCCAAUUACUCAUAUGACCUAGUGCGAACCACCACCACCCCUGGCGCUGUGGUCACCAGAGUUUUUGCCAUUGACAAUGACACGGGUAUGAAUGCUGAGCUGCAGUACAGUAUUAUCAGCAGCAUCAUCAUCACAUCUAGGGUCUCCCCUCGAGGUCUCUUCGCCAUCGACAAAACAACGGGUAACAUAACACUACAGGAGAAAAUAGUGGCAGCUGAUCAGGGGCUGCAUAGGCUCGUAGUCAAGGUCAAAGAUCUAGGCCAGCCUGAGUCAUUACAUGCUAUAGCACUUAUUCACUUGUUUGUCAAUGACACUGUGUCAAAUGCUACAUUUAUCCAAGAGCAGCUGCGAAAAAGUAUGGAGACACCCUUGGAUCGUAACAUAGGGGACAGUGAGGUAACACCUCAAGCCAACGGAUAUGUGAUUGUUGUCAUAGCUAUCAUAGCAGGGACCAUGACUGUCAUCUUGGUGAUAUUUGUGACUGCCUUGGUGCGCUGUCGGCAGACACCCAGACACAAAGUGGUACAGAAGGGCAAGCAGAGUGGCGAGUGGGUGUCACCCAACCAAGAGAACCGUCAGAUCAAGAAGAAGAAGAAGAGAAAGAAGCGAUCUCCCAAGAGCCUCCUCCUGAACUUUGUGACCAUAGAUGAAUCCAAGCCUGACGACCCCACCCAUGAGCAUGUUAAUGGCACACUGGAUCUCCCCGUGGAGCUAGAGGAGCAAACCAUGGGGAAGUACAACUGGGCCACCACGCCUACCACCUUCAAACCCGACAGCCCAGAUUUAGCCAAGCAUUACAAGUCCGCGUCCCCUCAGCCUACAUUUCAAAUCAAACCGGAGACUCCAGUGGCCCCAAAGAAACACCAUGUGAUCCAGGAGCUCCCCUUGGACAACACGUUCGUGGUGGGCUGUGACUCACUCUCCAAGUGCUCAUCAACUAGCUCCGACCCAUACAGUGUCUCAGAGUGCAGCUGUCAGGGGGGAUUCAAGACUUCAGGGCAAAUCACCACCCGACAGAAUCCGAGCCAGACGCCGGAGAAGUCUUUUAACUCGCCGCCCCCCAUUUGUCCUCAUAAGGAAGCCUGUCAACUUGGCAAGAUAACCUCUGUGAAUACUCAGCGCCGUGUGACGUUCCAUCUCCCGGACGGUUCCCAGGAGAGUUGCAGCGAUAGCGGGCUGGGAGACCCAGAGCCCAGCAGCACGGCCAGCACCACCCAGCCUCUCCCCCUCAACUUCCCCCAGGAGGAGUACUACGAGCAAACAUCACCUAACAGCCGCACCGAGGGAGAUGGAAACUCAGACCCCGAAUCCACCAUUGAGGUGAACCUGCAGAAAGCCUUGGCUGAGGCCUCUGAGACCUGUACCCAGGAGUGUCUGAUACUGGGCCACUCCGACAGCUGCUGGAUGCCCCCGGCCCUGGCCCAGUUCCAGGGUCCUGGCAGCAACAGCCCCACCUCCAACCCUACCACCACCGCCAUCACCGGUACCCUCCCCUCCUUUGGCUUCCAGCAGAGCUGCGCCCGGGGAGCCAAAGCUAACAUGGUCGGCAUGGGGGUCAUGGAUGGCCGCCAUACCCUGGGCAGGUCUGUGCCCAAAAAGGAUGAACUGGACAAAGGGAUCAACCGGCCGCAGUUCUACAACACCCUGGAUAGACACUGCAGUAGUAAGAAGGAGGACCCCGUCAAGGUCAUUCCCCUGGCGAGCUUUUCCUCCCCUGGGCAGCAGACGCCCUCCAGUGGGGGCAGCAGCUCUUUCUUACAUGAGCACCAGUUGUAAGAGCAAAAGACAGAUCUUCAUCGGCCUGACAUACAUGUGACUCCAACCAUCGACGGCUUUUUGUCAGUAACUUAUGAUCAGUGUGUAUGCGUACGUGUGGAGGUAUGCAUAAUUUGAAUAACUCUGACCAGCUCCAGCUCAGUUUUACUAAUGAAGACAUCUGAGAAUGGAUUCAAUCAUGAUGAUGUCGCUCAGACAAAAUCAUGGGGGAUCAGUCUGACAGCUUAAGCAUUUGAAAGGAAACGUAAGUCUUAACAUAGCAGACCCAUGUACAAUAAAUAAAAGGUAGUUCUAUACCAAAGUAGUUCCAUCACAGAAAAAAAAAAGAUAAUUUUUGCUUUCAGUUUGGUGAUAUUUGUUUAGUGAUAAGAAAGACCAAUGUACGCUUUAAGCUCCCUGGGCCCAGCUUAGUGGAACUGUGUCCUAAAAGACCAUUUCCUCGCACAGAAACAAAUGCAAAUACAGUACUUCUUGUUGAGUGAGCUAAAUUGGGCUAAAUGUUAAUUAUGAGCUCUGCGUGGAUGGUAUUUCUGUUCAAGUUGUAGUGAAGUAUUGCUCUGUGUAACACGCAGCACAAACUCCUUUGGUGGUGGAAGAUGUUUCUUUUGUCUUGCCUGAACGUGUUUCAGAAGUCUAUUUUGGUCAGGGGACUGCAGAAGGAUAAAAAAAAUUUAAAAAAAGUCUACAAAGCAUAACUAGGCCAAUAGUAGACAGCACCGGUAAUCUUUUGCAUUCUACAUUUUCACCAUGGACCAGUAGACAAAGUAUAACAGAAGAGAAAAAACAACACAAACUCCUGCACACACACACACACAUGCCCAGGAUGUUUUCCAUACGGUGGUUGCUCCAUCUCUGCCAACUCUAUUAAGGAAAUGUUCACUCCUAGCAUUAUCUCAGUAGCUUAGCCUUGAAAAGCGCAGACAGAUGCGCUUUGGAAACGUACCCUUUGUUUUCUUCCCUUUGUUUCUAUUUCUCACAUUUUGCUGCUCAGAAACUCACACAUAAUAAUAGCUAUGGAGCCAAUUAUGAAAUUCUCAGUCUAAUUACUUUGAUGUGUGAUCUCAGUAGUGACCCCUCAUUGUGGUUGGGAGGUUUGGAACGAUUCUCUCGGCCAGCCAGAAACGUGCUCUGCGUGUGUGGAGGCAAUGAAAAGGUGACAAGUGGUCAGAAAUAGCAGCUUUAUACGUUCCCUCUCCUCCCAUCAUAUCAUUUAUAACACCUAUGUUCUUGCUAUUAAUUACUAUUUUGUGUUUUCAUACCACUCAGUUUGGCUGCACAGUUUCAAUUAUCAGUUUUCACCAUGUGUUGACACUGGAAUAAUAGACCAGGGUGCAUGAAUUUCUUCAGGGUCCUGAGUCUAACUGAAUUAUUGAUGUUAAUGUUAUUUUUGCAGUUAUCAUAAGAAUAGGCAUUGGCACUAUUUGAAAGGACCUCCCUGCAGGCUGCCCCCUCACCAUGGUUUCAUCAUACACACACUGCACCACUGCCUGUGUGUGUAAAUUGUACUGAUGAUGAUAACUACUUCAGACUAACUCUGCUGUAACAGAUUGGGUGCAGUAUAAUCUAUUGCUACAGCAAUAAGUGACUUUGCUGAUAUCCAUUUUUCUCUCCAGUAACAUCCAAGCCAGGUGUCUACAUCAUCAGGUAUAUGAUUCAUGCGAUUCAUUUUCUUGUACCAUCUUGCAAAUUGGGAACAGGCCUAAAUCUAUAAUGCAACGUGGCAUUCUCGAGGGAAGGUGCUAGGCAAAUUGUGUUUGCAUGCUCUCAGCUACCACACCUAUUCUCUCGGAUACUUGGGGUCAGGACUCUUAUCAUUAUAAAGAGGAUUUAUCUGGGACUCAGUGAAAUGAUCACUUAAAGGAGCAGUGUGUCAAGGACACAGGAAGGGGCAAUUCAAUUUCACCCCAGUCAAUUACCAAAAUGAAUUUAAUUCAAAACAAGCAACUUAAAUAAAUCCUCCUAUAAACAUCAGUUGAUGAAAGUGUCCCUGUUUGGGAAUCCAAUUUCAGCUCAUUUACUAACACUCAGAUUUUUUUUCCUCUAUCACUUUUCAUCUCAUUUCAUAGUUAUAGGACAGACGUGUAUCGCCAAAUGGUAUAAACAAUGCAUAUUUGAUCAAAAGGAGCGCAUAUCAAAGGGAACAUACAUCAUGAUGUCACAAUAAAAUUGGGAUUUUUUUCCUCUCUGACAAAUCCAACGCUUGUGAUAUGUGAUCCAAAAGUUGCCUCUAAAGCCUCAUAAGUCUUUUCAGUCUCUGUUUACGAUCAUGUGAAUAAGUAGGGCAAAUAAAUUCCUGGUUGGGUCUUUUCAACAAAAAUAAGGCUGAAAAAAUAACAGUGAUUUUUUAAAGAAACUUUCCCAUCCAUUAACAAUGAGAAGUACAGACAUGAUCUGCUGUUGGAGUGUUUAUAAAUGACACAGGAAAUUGUGCCCUUCCUCAUAUCAAGGAAUGGAAGAGAAUAUCCAUGAACUAAGUAAGGGAUAAUACACUGUCACACUGUAAUAAAAAUGUGAUUGUUUGAAAUAAUUUAGCCAAUCACAUGUGUACAGUAAGCACAAUAUUACCUAUCUGUAUCUCUCACUGUGUUUUAACUUACUCUGCCUACAUAACCCAUAUGAACUGUAACAUUGCAGCAGCUGCAUUAAUCAAAAGAGAAGUUCUAGAGGGAAUAGUAUAAUAACUGCAUGAAUGUACAUCUGUAUGAUGUUGCUUUUGAUACUAACAUGAGUUAUUUUGUUUACUGCAGUAACAUUUUUCUUUUACCAUAUGUCCUUUUAGAGGUAAGAGUUUGGUGUUUCAAUUAUUAAUUUUUAAAAAACAAAGAGCAUACCACAUGAAUGUUCAUCAGUUUUUUUUGGGUGGGGGGGCUCAGAUGAGUACCAUGUUGAAGGUUUUCAUCUUUUCACAAAAACACAAAUUGAAAAAGACAAAAUGUUAAGAGUGAUUACAGGUUUUCACUUUGCAUGAUUCUGCUCUCACUGCUAUUUUUCAUAUUUUUCUAAUUCUCUCUGCCCUAAUGAUAGAAAUAUUAAGGAUACUUAACACUGAAAACUGCUUCUUUUUUUUUUAAUUUUCAGAACUUUUCUAUUCAAAUGUGUGUCAUGAUUACCACGUCAACCUGUGUCAUGUUUUGCAUGAACUGUUUGGACUUCCACAAGGCAUUUUGACACUUGUAGUCCAUGCGUCCAUCAUUAGAUUCAGUGUCGGUAUUGAUGUUUUACUGCUCUACCUGUUUGUCAGUCUUAUGGAACAAAGCAAAUGUUACAUAGUGUACACAUUCAAACUUUGUGAAAUGUGCGUACCACUUAUGCCUCCACGUACACACAAAUAUCUAUACUGUCAGGUAAACUGGAUUUUAAACUGUACAUAGCAGUACCCCUAAGAACUAGUAAUAAUGGUUACAAACUGGAAAGACACAUACAGUAAAGACUAAAGGCUACAGGUUAAAUACUGGAAUUCACAAUUUGUAUAAAAAGGAAAAAGGGAAAGCAGCAGAAAGUGAUGAGAUGACAAUCUCUGUUGUAAUGUAAAUGGAUACAUAUGCAUAAUAUUGAUGAGUGUGUGUUUGAAUGUGUUCAUAGGUGAUCUUGUAUGUGUGUGAGGGAGAGUGUGUGUGCGUCUCCUUGCAUGUAUGAAUGUGUGUGCGUGUGCUUGUGUGCACAUAUGUGUAUACUGGCAUGCACCUUGCCAGAAUAUUUUAUGUACACAAAUGUAUCUUGUACAAAAAACUAUAUCAAAAUAUGAUAUAAGACCUAAGUAUAUGCUUGUAAAUUAGUCAUCAGUGAGUCAGGUCAAGUUUGCUUUGAGAGAAGGCUUCAAUGCUUGCCAGCAAAUCUGUAUCAGUCAGUUAAAGCUAUACAGUCUGUGUUGUCAUGCCUUUGUAAGAUAUUCCAUUUAAAUCUAUGAAAAAAAAAAAGACCUUCCAUAUGGUGAAAUGAUUUUUCUUGUCAUUGAAUUUUACUUGAGCCAUUAAAUAUUGAGUCCUCAAAGUAUGCUUGAUUCAUGAUUGUCCUUCACUUUACAUUGUUGUUUGAUUAGAUU